UUAAAUGAUUAGCACCUCAAGACUUCUUUACAAUUUUCGUCUCAAAAUUUCAAAAAACUUACGACCCAUCGUCAUCCGCAAGCCGCUGAUAAAUAGUGAAUACAAAAAGCUAUAUACUCUUAAUUUUUUCUUUUAUUAAUUAUCCAAAAAUAAAUUAAAAAAUUUGCAUUCUAUUUUAAUUUUAACUAUACGUAAAUACACAAAUUAGAAAAAUAGUUUGCGUUUCUCAUUUGAUCCCAGCAAAACUAACUUUGAGGAGAAAGAAGAAAAAAACACUUUCUUUUCUGACUCUAGAUUAUAAUUCCAGAAGUGCCUACAAUGUAUGUGCCUGUGGCUCAUUCAGCCACACCUGAGGUUGGAUUUCCUAAUGAAACUGGGAUCUCCGUUGUGACUCUGGAUCAAAUUCCGCGGUGGAUUGAUGCUGAGCAAUCUGUGGGAUAUGAUGAUAAUGGAGAUUCAUCAUUUUCUAAUCCGUACUUUCCUGAUCCUUUGACUUCCCAAUCAGAAGCCGACAGUGGUGGCAUUGGCUCUGUGUCGAGGUUUCCUGUUGACAAUGAAGUUAAUUUGAAGAUAUACUUGUGGAGGGGAAAUCCGUGGAACCUUGAGGUGGAUGCUGUGGUCAAUUCAACAAAUGAGGUCAUGGAUGAAGCACAUAGCAGCGCUGGGCUGCAUGCUGCAGCUGGACCUGGUCUUGCAGAAGAGUGCGCAACUUUGGGUGGAUGCCGAACGGGGAUGGCUAAAGCUACCUGUGCAUAUAACCUUCCUGCAAGAAAAGUUAUUCAUACUGUUGGACCAAAGUAUGCUGUGAAGUACCACACUGCUGCCGAAAAUGCUUUAAGUCAUUGCUAUCGGUCUUGCUUGGAGCUUCUAAUUGAAAAUGGCCUUCAAAGCAUUGCUUUCAGCUGUAUUUAUACAGAGGCAAAGAAUUAUCCUCGUGAACCGGCUGCACAUGUAGCUAUAAGGACUGUUAGACGGUUUCUUGAGAAGCAGAAAGACAACAUAAUUGCUGUUGUAUUUUGUACUACCAGUACACUAGAUACCGAAAUAUAUAAGAGGUUACUUCCACUUUACUUUCCACGGGAUAAACAUGAGGAGGAGGUAGCUUUGUUAAAGCUUCCUGCAGAUGUUGGGGAUGAGAAUGGAGAGACUGUCAUAGAUGAGCGUAAAAUUAGAAUCAAGCCUUUACCUAAGAAACAAGUUCGAAGACCUCCUGAACCUCCAGCUGAUGUUCCUGUUAGUGAUGUAGGCACAAUUCGUAGGACUUCAUCAUAUUUGGAUUCAUUUCUGGAUCCUGCCUUCAUGUCUUUGAUUAAAGACCCUGAUGAAAGACGUCUGGAGCAGUGGGAGAAAACUGUUAAAGCCCAAAAUAGCUGGAAUUUUACUAAAUUUCUUGGACUUGGCGAGCUUGGUGGACCUCCAUUGUCUGCUGCCGAAGAAUAUUCUCUACACUCAAGAUAUCUUUCUAAAGCAAAUUCCUUGAAUCUUUCUGAAAUAGCAGAGAUGAAAAUUAUCUACCAUGGAGGUGUAGACAGUGAGGGUCGUCCUGUCAUGGUUGUUGUGGGGGCUCACUUUUUGCUCAGAUGCCUUGAUUUGGAUCGAUUUGUGCUCUAUGUUGUGAAGGAGUUUGAGCCUAUAAUACAGAAGCCGUAUACUAUUGUCUACUUCCACUCUGCUGCAUCACUACAGAUGCAACCAAACUUGGGAUGGAUGAGAAGAUUACAACAAAUACUUGGUCGGAAGCACCAGCGGAACCUACAUGCGGUAUAUGUCCUUCACCCAUCUUUGGGGCUAAAAGUAGCUGUAUUUGCACUCCAGUUGCUCGUGGACAAUAUGGGAUGGAAGAAAGUGGUAUAUGUUGAUAGACUAUUGCAGCUCUUCCGAUACGUCCCUCGUGAGCAAUUGACCAUUCCAGAUUUUGUGUUCCAGUCCAAAUGAAAAGCCCAAUCCAAAGGGUUGAGCCUCGUCCUGUACCGACCUCCUCCCUACGAAGUCGGUUCUUACCACGACUUAUCUUAAAGAAGUCGAGACGAAGAUUAGCUGGCAGAUAACCACUCAUUCAAAUGAGUAACUGCCCCUAAAAUCUCUCUACCCACUUCUAGGAGCCAUAUCUCAACCUCCCUAAGAUAAAGGGACGGUUAUCCACCUUAAAUGGCGGAACUACUUCAACGGUAGUUAUGGGUUCACCACUAUAAAUACACUGACACCUCUCAGGUAUUUCAUAAGUCCCAAUACUCUCUAGACAUGCUUACACCCUUGCUGACUUAGGCAUCGGAGUGUCUUUGCAGGUACCACCCCCCAUUCUUUCACAUACACAACUCGGAGGCGGCUCCUAGACGUAAACCAAGUCGGAGACCACCCUCCUCCAACGCUUGGGCCUCACAAACAAGCCCAACCACCGUCCGGUUCUAGGUAAGUCCCGGAACAUUGGCGCCGUUGCCGGGGACCCGAGAGAUCAACUAGUAAUGGCGGACAACUCACCAGAAGAUGGACAUACAGCAUCUGAUUCCAAGCAAGAAAAUCCAGAUACCGGAAACAAUGACGCAGAUCUUGUAGAACCUAUGCACAAUUACUCAAGAGGGGGGGGUGAAUUGAGUAUUGCAAUAACAAUAAAUCUUUUUACGAAAGUUAAAGACAAUAUACAAAAGUGUUAUUGUACUAGUAUUUUUCCAAGAGCUUAACUCAAUUGCUAAGCAUUU